GAUUUGUUUAUUUAUUUUGCACCUUGGAGAAUUAUUUAACACAGAAUGUAUUUGUUCGGCAUUUCUCUUUAGACUUUUUCAGUGCAGCAGUUGUGUUUGAUUGUAACAUCGCAUGGGACCAUAGAAAAGUUGUUGACCCCUGGAGACACAUGACCUUGACGUCCUGGCUGGCUUGAGAACAGAGCUAGCUGUGUCAGAGGGUGAGCUCACCACACAGCGGGGCGAGUGGGUAACUGGCCGCUCCAUCGCCGCAGACAGAUAGUACCAACACGGAGUGACACACUCACAAGGCCAGAGGAAGAGGAGAAGGAGAGAAGCAUCCAGGAGGACCUGUAUCUGGUUUUGUGCUUUCCGUGGGCUGUAAUAAUAAGGCUCUAUGGGCUAGCCGAGGGAUCUGGCCAUGCCUGUUGCUAUUCGUAAGAAAAGCUGGGAGGAUCAUGUGACCCCACGGACAGGAUUACAGUACAGCUAUGAUGACCUAGACUUGGUCUGCUGCCAUAUGCGGUACCAGCGCAGUAGGUGUGCCUCGAUGCCUGAGUGUGGUCAUCACCAGCCUUGGACUUUGGGACUUUGGAUCAGAGAUGGUACAAGAACGAUGGAGAGUAUAGUGCAGAAGUUUAAGGGUGGAGCUCAACCUAACUGUGAAGGCUCAAAGUGCAAAUCAUUGACGCCUGGAGACACGGUCAAUGAAAAAGCACAGCACAAGAGUGACCAAGAUAGCAGGCUACCUUUAGACAACGUGGCAGAUCAAGAUGAAUUGGAAUGUUCUGCUUCAGGAAAUUUUCAGGCUCACAAUGGAGAUCCAGAUGAUAAGGAACUAAACAAGGAUAAAGUAUCUGCUUCCCAUAGCCUGACACAUUCUGUGCUUCCUACCCCAGUAUUAGCUCAAAUAGAAGAAACAAAUGAUUUAUUAAAUGUGCUGAAGGACAGUCACUCUGUCAAAGUUGACUGUUCUGAACCAACUUAUCCCAAAAGUGGAACUUGCACAGAAAAUAAAGAAUCAAUAGUGAAGGUCAGUGUGGGCAGUCAGAUGUUAGUACAUGAGCACAUGAGUGUCACAAGUGAGAUCACAGACAUAACUAAUAAACCUCCCACCUCUGAUUCACAGCAGAAAUCUGCUGACCCAAACAAUAUUGUGGAAGGACAAUGUUGUGAAACGUCUGAACAGACUAUUUUAACAUGUGGCAAAGUCGAAUGCUCACACACAGAUGAAACUGUGAUCCCAAACUUGUUAUCAUUGACAGCUUCUCAAGAAAUUCACAUUCCAGAAGCUAGCUCAGAUGCUAAUAAAGCAAGUCUAGUGUGCAAACAUCACGUAGUAUCUAAAGGUCAAGACAAUGAAAAUCAGGAAGGUAAUGGCAUUUUUAAAUGUUGCGAUCAUGAGAUGUUAAAAGUUGGAAGCCUUAAACCACCUGCUUGUGAAAUGUCUCAACUGGAGCCAUCUGGAAAAACUGACAUCAUGGAAACGUGUCAUGAUUGCUCAUCAAAACUCCAAACCAUCCAUGAGGGCUCCUUUCCUGAAUCUGGAGAUGAUGCUUCUGGUCAGAUAUCAGCAGAGAUGCCAGAACAUCCAAGUACAAACCUAAACACCAUCAACUGUGAGAAUUUGAGAACUUCAGAGGAUCAAAACACGAGGGUAAAGGAGGCAACAAGAGGAAAACCUCAACCUGAAGGACACUAUGAUGAACAUCAGUCAAACCAAUAUACAAAUACAGCCAAAGACCUUGAGAGUGUCACAAAAGCUGAAGGUUCCCUUGUAAAGCUUCGUACAAGGAAGAGCCCACGGGAGGAGAGGGAAAAGGAAAGGUCACGUUUGGACUCAAUGGUUCUGUUAAUAAUGAAGUUGGAUCAGCUGGACAAAGAGAUUGAGAAUGCUCUAAGCUCCUCCCUCAAUGGCACUCCCAAUUUAAAGAGGCGGAUCAUCUCGGAAGUUGAUUUAGAAGUGCUGGAUUCAGCAGGAAGUCGUUCAGCCUCAUCACAGUCUCUAAAUGCCCCACUUUAUCGCUCUUCGUCAUCGCUGUCAUCAUCAGGACCCUCUGGAACUUCUGGAGCUAGACCAAAAAAUGAGACCUCUGCUGUAGACAGAGCAGAAAUUGAGGUGAAGGAGGCGUGUACAUGGCUGAGGGCUGCAGGUUUUCCACAGUAUGCUCAGCUUUAUGAAGACGGUCAGUUCCCGACUGAGAUUUCCUCAGUUACCCGAGAUCAUGACUUCUUGGAUCAAGAUGCCAUAGAAGCCUUGUGCAGGAGACUGAACACCCUAAACAAGUGUGCUCUUAUGAGAUUAGAGAUCACCCCUCAAAGAAAAAGAAGUGAAGACUCUGAUGAGGAUGAGCCAUGUGCUAUAAGUGGCCGUUGGACUUUCCAGCGGGACAGCAAGCGUUGGUCUCGCCUGGACCUGGAUGUAUUCUCCCCUCCAGCUGGAGACACUGGCUCCUUCACUCCCUUCCUAUCCCUAGAUGAUUGUUUUGCCAGAGGAACCCUUCUAAAGGAAGGAGUUAAUGCUAGUGCAGAGAGUGUCUUAACAGAUCUUAGUGAGCAGCCAGAGGUGUGCUCUCUGCACAGUGCUGGUAGUGGAGGUCGAGGAGGAUUCCUGAGUACCACUGUACCAUCCAUCCCUGCUACAACCAUCUCCAAUGCUAACACAGCCACCACGACCAGGGCGAGCUCAGUUGCUAGUGUUUGCUCCUCUGGAACAUCAGGUGCCAAUGAAGACUCCCUGUCUGAUGGGCUUCCAUCACCACUGGAAAGCAGCACCUUUGCAUUCAAUGUAAAACCAAGCUUGAUAAGCAGUGGUGCUGAAAAAAGCACACGUUCAAGAGCAAAGAAUUUCUUGAAGCGCAUGGAAAGUUUGCGGUUACGCACCAGUAGCAAUGCAGCCUCCAAGCAUAAAAAGAAGGGUGUAGCUGGGCAAGGUAGGCUGGAGAUCAGUGGGCCUGUGCUGAAAGAGGGUCUUGAUGAAGACAAACUGCGACGCCUCAACUGUGUGGACAUUGCAACUCUGGAUCGCAAUGCAAACCGAAACCGAAGCAUUACCUAUUCAAUGCAGACGAGUAGUGGGAGUGCAGGGAGUAGCCAAUCAGAGGCCAGCAGUGGGAGUGCUGUCAGUACACCCAGUCCGGUCUCAAGAGCACGUAGUCACAGCACAGCAGCGGGGUCUACAAAGAGAGGUGGGAUGUACCUGGAAGGCUUUGACCCAUUUAAUUUCGUUGUGCUGCAACCUUCGAAAGACCAAGAAGGGAAGCAGAAUCACCAGACCCAAAGUAAGAGGAUGGAGCCAAGCUCAACUGCAGAGAACAAUCGACGCAACCGUCAGAGUUCAGAUAACAGACGUAUGGAGGACAAAAAGAUUCGAGAAGAGGAAGGAGGUGUGAUCUUCUUCUAUUUGCCUAAAGGCCACAAGCCUGGCACUUUUCCUAAAGCACUUGCGGACGGGGGAUCCUUUCGUGGUGGGGACAACAUAAGUCGGCGCCCUCCCCGGAGGGGCUCUGCUGCCUCACUAGACAGUCGAUUGAGUGUCUAUGAUAACGUUCCUUUCUCAGAAGUAGGAGAUGAUGAGGCUGAAGCAGAAGGAGAAGAGGAGUCAAAACUUGAGGACGCUUUGGAGCGAGUCAGUGGCCUGCAGCGACUGGUCAAUACCUGGUCAGAAACAGGAACUGGGGAAGAAGAAGAGGAUGAAGAGGAAGAGGAAGGGGAUUCAGAUUCAGCCCUUGAUUCUGCAUCUCCUUGUCCAUCAUCCCCACUGCAGAACCACUUAGAAGAGACAGAGAACGGCAGUGACCAGGACAGCACUGGAAACCCGUUAGCAGAAAGGGAUGAGACACUCAGCUCACGUGAAAGAUGUGACUCUGGUGUGGGAGCAUCACUUACACGAGCCAACAGACCCCAGAAACUGCGCUGGCCAAGUUUCCAGAGCUCCCACAGGCCAAGUCUGUCGUCAACAGUACUACAAGUUGGAUGUCAGUCAGUUCUGCAGAUGAACCUCCUUCAGAAAUACAGCCUCCUCAAACUUACCGCUCUACUGGAGAGACACACACCCACCAACAAGCAUGGCUUCAGCUGGGCUGUUCCAAAGUUUAUGAAGAGGAUCAAGGUUCGAGACUAUAAGGACAGGAGUGUGUUUGGCGUUCCACUGCAGGUGAUAGUUCAAAGGAGCGGACAACCCCUGCCUCAGAGUAUUCAGCAAGCCAUGCGUUACCUACGGAGCCAAUGCCUCGACCAGGUUGGGCUAUUUAGGAAGUCAGGGGUGAAGUCACGUAUCCAAGCCCUUCGCCAAAUGAACGAGUCAUGUGGCGCUGGUGGGGGCGGAGUCAACUACGAGGGCCAAUCAGCUUAUGACGUGGCCGACAUGCUAAAGCAGUAUUUCCGAGACCUUCCAGAGCCUCUGCUUACCAGAAAACUCUCUGAUACAUUUCUACAGAUAUAUCAAUAUGUUCCCAAAGAACAGCGGCUGCAGGCGGUGAGGGCUGCAGUAUUGGUGUUACCAGACGAGAACCGCGAAGCCCUCCAGACUUUGCUGUGCUUCCUGAGUGAUGUAACGGCCAGCGUGGGUGAGAACCAGAUGACCUGCACUAACCUGGCCGUGUGUUUGGCCCCCUCUCUCUUCCACCUCAACACACUGCGGAGAGAGAGCUCCUCACCCAGGGUCAUGAACAGAAAGAACACUCUGGGAAAACCAGACCAAAGGGACUUGAAUGAGAACCUGGCAGCCACACACGGCUUAGCUCAUAUGAUACAGGAGUGCAGAAAACUCUUCCUGAUCCCAGAGGAAAUGUCACACUGUAGGAACUCUUACGUGGAGCAGGGCUUGAGUCCCAUGCGGAUGGAGGUGUUGGUGGAAGACUGCGGUUCUUGUACCUACCAAAGUCUCCUCAAAGACAGUAUUGAUGCCCUGCUUAAAGAAGCCAAGGACAAAUUCAAGGGUUACGACAGCUGCUCAACUCCUGAAAACGCUGAGCUUGCAUAUAAAAAGGUUCAGGAUGGGUCGUCUCUGCGGCAGUGGAAAGUGUGCGUGGACAUGCCUGCGUCAGCUGAGGACAUACUGCAGCGUAUUCUACGGGAGCAGGAACGCUGGGAUGAGGAUCUGUUAGAGUGCAGAAUUGUGGAGACACUGGAACAUAACAUGGAAGUCUAUCAGUAUGUCAGGAACUCAAUGCCGCCCCAUCCGCCAAGAGACCAUGUGGUGCUCAGGUCGUGGGUGACAGACUUGCCCAAGGGAGUGUGUGCUUUGGUGUGUGUGUCAGUGGAUCACAAGAGUGCAGCGGUUCUGGGUGUUCGUGCUAAUGUUCUGACCUCUCGCUAUUACAUCGAACCCAGCGGACCCAACAAGAGCCGACUCACGUACAUUUCCAGAAUAGACUGCAGGGGUCGUUGCCCUGAAUGGUACAAUAAGCUGUAUGGUCACCUGUGUGCUGCAGAAGUGGUGCGGAUACGAGACUCCUUUACCUGCCUGGACAAAUAAACACACACACACACACUAACACACACACACA